AAGAGUAGAAGUAAAUUAAGAUGGAGGAGGUUUCUAAGCUAUGGAUUGUGAUAGCUUCAUUCAUAGUGGUGAUGCUAUGCCAUUUUAUCUACCAUUGGAGUAAUCCAAAGUGUAAUGGAAAACUACCACCAGGGUCAAUGGGUUUUCCAAUCAUUGGAGAAACUAUUGAGUUCAUGAAGCCUCAUGAUGCUCUUCAGUAUUCAACAUUCCUCAAGAAGAGAAUCCUCAGACAUGGACCAUUGUUUCGAACAAGCUUAUUUGGAGGCAAAGUUAUAAUCUCAGUGGAUAAUGAAUUGAAUAUGGAGAUGGCGAAGACAAAUCGUAUUCCCGGUAUCACGAAGAGUGUAGCAAGACUAUUUGGAGAAGAUAACAACCCUGGGAUAGGUUUCUAUAAUAUGAUGAAGGCAAGAAAAAGGAUGAAGAAGUUACUAAAGGAGGAAGUGUUGAAGAAGAGAGCAUCAGGAGAAGAGUUAGAAGAGUUCUUUGAGAUCAUAUUUGGGGAAAAGGAAAUGAUAAGCAUGGAUCAUGUGAUUGAGUACAUAUAUACCUUCUUUGUCAUUGCUAAUGAAACAACACCGCGGAUUCUUGCGACUACAGUGAAACUCAUAAGCGAAAAUCCUGAAGUCAUGCUAGAGCUUCAAAGAGAGCAUGCAAGAAUUGUUGGAGGUAAGUCUACCAAGCAAGCCGGCCUAACAUGGGAAGACUAUAAAUCCAUGACUUUCACCAAUAUGGUGAUCAAUGAGUCUCUUAGGAUCUCAACCACUGUGCCUGUAAUACUUAGAAAACCUGACCAUGACAUCCAAGUCGGCGAGUAUAUAAUUCCCGCGGGUUAGAACUCUAUGGGCUAUCCUAGUGUCCAUUUCAAUCCAGAAAAGUACGAGGAUCCUUUCGUAUUUAAUCCAUGGCGUUGGAAGGGGAAAUAUGUGGACGCGAUAGUCUCCAAGAAUUACAUUCCUUUUGGAGCUGGUCCUCGACUCUGUGUAGGAGCUUACUUUGCUAAGAUGCUGAUGGCUAUUUUUAUCCACCAUUUGUGUACACAUAAGUGGUCAAUGAAGGCAGAGAUCACAGUAACUCGAAGCUAUAUGCUUAUGUUUCCUCGUGGAUGUGAUGUUCAGAUCUCAAAAGACAUUGAAGUGCCUAAUUAGGGUGGUUAUAUUUUGUUUAAGGUCGUUGGUUUGUAAUCCUAUAGUAAAAUAAUGGUAUAUAUAGUCAUUGUUGUUGUGAUAUGUAUACAAAAGAGCUUCUAAGAAGAAAUAGUAAGUAAUUAGGUUGUGAUUUCUAUUCAAUAAAUGAAGUAAUUUGUAUUAUUACUAUAUAAAAAACGGUUUAUCUUUCCAGUUUAUAUAUGAUUGAAUAAAUGAUGUAAGCAAGCUAGGAUUUACAAAUCUUUAUGAAAUAAAAAAGGUUAAAUAA